GGUUGUUUCCCGGCUCUCCUUCGAGAGGUCGCUGGUAGAUGGAGCAGCAUUUUGGGUCUAUUGAUCAGCUCGCCUGCGUUCACGACCUUGCCGGCUCCACCGCUUCUUGACUCGAGUUCCUGGCUCCAAGCGCCGCUCCGAGCGGGGAGACCAGACAUCCGAAGUGGAAACGAGGCACCGGGAGUGACGCCACGACUAACUAAGGCUUCACUGUGUUCCAGAAAACACGCGUCACUGCCGCCAUCACCAGGGUACAGUCGCCUCGACCAAUAGAUGGAGAGGGUUCUUCCGCGCGGGCGCGAAACAGGACCAAUCACAGGCAAGGAGCAGUGGGCUUUUCCCAUUUAGUUCUAUUUCCUGGUCUCUUCUGGAAUACCGGAUUCCCUCGACCCUAGAGUAACAUUGGGAUCAUCGCGUUUGGAUGAUAAUAUGUCUCAGGUGCUGCAUGAAAAAUCAGAAAUAGUACUAAAGAAAACAGAUAGCAAGACCAAGACCAGACUUCCAUUUAAGACAUGACAAGAUUUUGAAGGAUUGAUUCUAAAGAUCUCUGAGAGUAUACAGAUGCUAGAAAACAAAAAUAGACCAGGCAUGAUGGAUAAGAAAACCUACUUCAGAGUCAGGAAGACCUAGAUUCAAGUUCUACAUGUAUCACAUAGUGGUUAUGUGACUCUGGGCAAGUUAACUCAAUGCUCUAGGCAAUUCUUUAAGGACAUAAAUUGCAGAACAGUUACUGAUCUUCAUUGAUAGAGGGAAUUUCUUCCCUGGCAAUUUUCUACAGUGAUGGAAUCUCCUACAAAAGCUUUGAGAAAAGUUUGUAAAUAAUAUUGAGGACAACCGACAUGAACAUAUGAGGAAGAAGAAGCAAGGUUCUGUGUGACAUAGUCAUCUAGCAAAAGUCCAGAUCCUGUUUGAAAGGGCCUCCCUUCAGACAAGAGGUUUAAUACAUAGCUGAAAUUGUGGAAAAUCUGAGACUGACAAUGGCUGCAGAAGCGGUCCUGACACCCCCAAAGCAAACAGGAUCCCUUAUACUGAAACUAGUACCAGGCCCUAAAAUGGGUCAGGAUGCUCUCCAAGAAUCUGUACCUCCCAAGACCAUCCACCAAUUAGUACUGGAGCACUUCUUUACCUUUCUGCCAGAGAAGAACCAGUCCCAAAAUCAUAAGACUGGCAAGGAGGACACCAUAAUCGUAGUGAAGGAUGUUACCUCAACUCUGCAGAACAGAGCUCAUCCUGCUUCUUGGGUGACUAUUUUCCCCAAGGAUAGGCGUAUCCAUAAACGGGAGAUGGUGCCCCAGACCUUUCCAUCUGAGCUUCAGGAGCCUGUGGUAUUUGAGGACCUAAAUGUGUAUCACUCCCAAGAGGAGUAUGUGGGCCUGGAUCUUGCUCAGAGGUCCCCCUUCUCCAGGAAUCAUGGAGAGGAGGAUGUUGGUGACAUGGUCUUAGAAGUAGAUUGCAAUGAAAAUAAGGAAGAUGAUCAGCAGCCAGAAAAUCCAGAGGAUAUAGAAGAACAUCAUGAAGUGUCAUCAGGUUACUGUGAAAGGGAUAGUUCCCAGAUCUUUAAGCAGGCAAAAGGCUGUGAGAAGCAUCCAGAUAGCCAUGAAGGAAAAAGACUAAAUACCUCAAUCCCACAAGAAAAGAGAUUAAGAAGUCUUUUAAUUACUGUUGAAAAUGAUGCCCCAUUAGAGGACCUUUCAAAAUAUGUGGAUAUGAGUAUUCUUGCACUUUCUCAGAAUCGAAGAACACGAAGAUUCUAUACAUGUCCACAGUGUGGAAAACACUUCACUGAAAGUUCUUACCUUAUUUCCCAUCAAAGAACACAUACUGGAGAAAAACCUUAUGAUUGUAUCCACUGUGGGAAAAGCUUCAAUCACAAAACCAAUCUUAAUAAACAUGAACGAAUCCACACUGGAGAGAAACCUUAUACAUGCUCUCAAUGUGGAAAAAACUUUCGUCAGAACUCUCACCGGAGUCGCCAUGAAGUAAUUCAUGUAAAAGAAAAACUCCUUAAAUGUCAAGAAUGUGGGAAAAGCUUCUUAGGAGAUGAAGAAUUCUUGCUUCAUCAAGAAACUCAUGAAGAAGAGAGGCCCUAUAGAUGUAGUAGAUGUGGAAGAAGAUUCAGUCGACAAUCUAACUGUACCAGACAUGAAAAGGCCCAUUUCAUACCUAAACCACAAAAGCAGGUGUUGUCAAGUUAAUCAGACCUUGUUUACCUUGACAUGAUUCUCCCUGUGGUGACCCUCUAAAUGCUAAGAAUGUAAGAAAAAUUAUUGAAACUCUGAACUCAUAUGGUGAAACUUUGUUAAUAGUCCAAAUGAAAUAAAUAUCCAACCAUCACAGCUCAGGCAUUAUUUACUCUUUGAAGAAUGUAUAAGAAAAAAAACUAUAUGAAUGGGCCAGGCCUUUGUAGUUCAAAGUACUAAGGAUAACUUCCAUGUAAAGCAAUGCAAAGAGAACUGUAAAGUCUCCAAAUCUCUCUUUCAAAGAAAAUCUUCCUCUGUAUUUUUCUGUCUAUCUAUAGGCUUCUCUUAGGAGUGACCAGGGUGAAGGCUCAGUAUUAACCCAUUACUAAUGUAGUUGUAUCCUGCUUUCCUCUACAUGAAAAUUGGCAUUAAAAUGUGGCAACCUAAAAGUGAAUCAAGUAUAACUGACACAUACUAUAUACUUGUCAGAGUCUUGGAUAGAGUUAAUCAACAGCUCUUAUUAGGUCUGUUACAUAAGUGACUAAAAGCUUAAAAUUCUAAAAAGAAAUUUUCAUUUUAGACAAGGAACUACCAUGGAUUAAUGUAAAGGGUCUACAAAGUGGAUCACUUCCAUCUGGAUUACACCUAAGUGCAGUUUCUGGUCCUGUAUAGCUUUUACCAUUUCAGUACAAUAUUUGUAUCCUGUGACUUCUUUUGAAUACUCAUGUUUUAUCAGAAAAAUGCCAUUUUUUCCUCUUACGCGAUUAAAAAGGUUUUCUGCAUUCUUAUUUUUGUCUGCAACAGGUCUUUUCUUUUCCCAUGAGCACCCAUUUCAGUAUUUCAUUAUGGAAGUUGAGCUGAUAAUGAUACAAAGAAAUCCAGUAUACAAAAUGAAGUUAAUGUGCAAUGGGAAAACAACUUGGAACGCUGAUGGUUCGUCUUUAGUGUUAUCUUUGUAUGAGAUAUUGUAAGUGUAUAUACAGUUCAAUCCAGUCGAUAUUUAUUGAGUACCUACUACAUGCAAGACACUGUCCUAGGUGCUGGGGAUGUAAAGACAAAAAAACAAGGCAGUCUUUGCCCUCACCGAACCUUUAUUCCACUGGGGGAUACAGCAUGUACAUAAAUAUAUAAAAACAAAGUAAUUUGAGAAGAGAGAGAACACUAAAUUUGGAGAAUGAUCAGGGAAGACUGCAGGAAUUGGCCACUGACCUGAGCUUUGAGGAUAAAUGAGCAAUAUAAUAAGCAAAUUUGAGGAAAGAGUGCUUUCCUGACAUAGGGUAGAGUUUGUGCAAAGGCACAGAAAGAAAAGAUAGAGCUACUUGUCAUCUGGUUUGAUGGAAAUUACAUGAAAGAAAGUAAUCUGAAAUAAUAAUAGAAAGAUCAGUUGGGACCAUACUGUGAAGGGACUUAAACACCAAGUUGAGGAGCUUGUAUUUUUGUCACAAGAGGUGAUUAGGAAACCAUUAAAGGGUUUUGAGAAGGGAAACGACAUAGACAAACUUAUUUUAGGAAAAUUAUUUGAGCAGAUUUGUGAAUGAUAGAUGGGGAGAAACAGGAGCCAGGAGGCCUUAAAAGACUUUUCGAAUAGUUUGGAAGGGAGGUGAUUAGGACUUGAAUUCGAGAAGUUUAGAUGGAUAUGGCCAAGUGGGAAUUGAUGUCACUACUUCAAAAAAGAAAUUAGGUCAGAUACUCAUUUGGAUCAUUUGAAUAGAUGAAAGAAAAGCAAAUAGGGUCUUGGUCAUACCUUGGAUUAUAUCUAGCUUAACUUCAGUUUCUUCUUGUCUAUGUCUUUCUUCCCUGAUGCUCACAAACACUCAAAUCUCCCCCAUCAAUAAAAAAUCCUCACUUUAUCCCACCAUCUUUGCUAGAUAUCAUUCUCUAUAUCUUCUUCCAUUUUCAGCAAAACUUCCUGGAAAAAACAGUCUAUAUUUAAUGCUUCUACUUCCUCUCUUCUUUGUAAUAUGGCUUAUAACCUUUUCACUCAACUGAAACUUUGCUCCCCAAAGUCAUGAAUAAUCUCUUAAUUGCCAAAUUUAAUAGCCUUUUCUCAAUCACAAUUCAUCUUGACCUUUCUUCUGCAUUUGACACUUGACAGCUACUGGAUACUUUUUUCUCUCUAGUUUUUCAUGGCAUGGCUCUCUUUGGUUCUUCUUACCACUCCUCAAUUUCCUUUCCUGGAUUGUCAUCUAUAUCAAGACUAAGUCUGAGUUUCUCCCAAGCUCUGUCCUAGACUUUCUAUUUUCUUUCUAUACUAUUUCAUCUGAUGAGCUAAUCAAUUCCUGUGGAUUUCAUCUCAGAUCUUUGUUUUCUAAACCUAUCCAAUUUCCUUCACUCCAGUUCCACAUCACAAACUACCUAUUAAACUUUUCAAACUGAAUGUCCCAUAGGCAUCUCAAACUAAAUAUUUCCAAAACAUCUCAUUUUCCCACUUCCUGUCAGCAAACACAUUCCUCUUCCAAGCUUCCUUCUUGCUGUUAAGGUCAUCACCAUCCUUCAAUCACCUAAAUUCACAAAGUCGUCAGUCUCAAUCCAUAUCCAGUCAGUUACCAAAUCUUUGCAUUUUUAAGUCUGUAACAUCUCCAGCAGCCAAAUCUUUUUCUCCAUCCUCCACGACCCUAAUUCAAGCCUUGAUCCUAUCCAUUCUUCACAAAUGCUAAUGAUAAUCAUAAAGGUCUAACCAAGUCAUAUCUCCUUCCCAAUAAAUUUCAUUGGCUCCCUUUUUUCUUACAGGAUCAAAUGUAAACUACUUCUGCCCUACCAGUCUUCUUACAAAUUAUUUCCUCUUGGAUUCUUAUGUUCUACCCAUAUUCUUCCUCACAAUGCUCUGUCCCCUGUGUUUGUGCCUUGCUAUUGGCCACUAUAUAGAAUGCUUUCCCUCCUCAACUCUUCCUCUUGGAGUCUUUGGUUUCCUUUAGGACAUAGCUCAUAUAUUAACUUCUCUGCAAGGCCUUUCCUGAUUGCCCUAGUUCCUAGUGCCUUCCCUUUCAAGGUUAUCUUAUACAUGCUAUUCCCUCAUUAGAAUAAAAAAACUCCUUAACUACAGGGACUAUUUUGCUUUUUUCUUUGUAACCCCACCACUUAGUGCCUGGUACAUUAUAGGUAAUCAAUAAAUGCUUAUUUAUUGAUUUUUGUGAACAAUUUUUUAAAAGAUAGCAUUGCACUAAAAAUUAGGAGAAUUAAUAUUACUCUUAUAACUUGAUGAAUGUAACAGGUAACUAUAAAGGUAAUUACUGACUUGAACAAAAUUGUUGGAAAGCUUGCUUAAUUUUCUGAUAAAAACAACAGUGUGAAAGAUUUCAGCCAAACCCACCUUCCCUGAGAAAUAGCCUAGAAAAGAUUAAAGAAAAUGUCACAAAGCAAAGAUUCAGUAAAACCAGAGAAAAACUAGUGAACUCCUCCAUCCAGUCCAGGACUACACAAGAAGAUGGCACAGAAGCCCAUGGAUAUUCUUUUGGGUAACUCGAAGCCAAUGGGAUCUCACUACUGGCCUGUCAGCUGCAGCCAAGGACAAAGACAACGCUGAGAAGACUCCCCUAGGAGAAGGGGCAGAGAUACAUGGGAGGCAUGUGCUGCAGGGUCCUCUAGGAUACCUGAAACCAGAUCCAUCUCCAGUGACCUGUUAUAUCUACAUGAGAGGACAAAGACCCCUUUUGGUGCUUGCCUAAGGAGAUUAAAUAGGAUAAAUGUACAUGUACAGCUUCUAUGGCAGAACUCUUGGUGUCUGAAGCAGUGAUCUCUGAUUUGGAAUGGGUCGUGUAGGAUGAAAAGUGAGAUCCUAGUAGGUGACUGGGAAAGGAGACAAAUGAGAUAGAGGUCAGCAUACACGUUGGGCCAACAGGAAGCAGAAGCCAGAGAUUGAGGCUGAAGACUGGGCUUGGUCCUAUCCAUAGGCUUGUCUCUUUGUCCCAAGCCAGGAUCGUAGAAGGAAGACCAGAAAUCAGACACCACCUUGUGGAGAACUAUAGCAGGGCAAUUGACUGUGGUAUUGUCACUGUGUCAUAGCACCUUGACCCAUUCACUUCAUCCAAGAAUGUGGGUGAGGGUAGAACUUGCUCCUGAUGUUGAAUCCCAAUCUUAAGAACUGAAGCUAGAGAUGUAAGUAAACAAAAGAAAACUUUACAGUGAAGAAAUACUAUAGAGUGAGGAAGAUAGCAGGUUAGUCACUUUCUCCAGAUCCCUUUAACUGUCUUAAUAAUCCCAUCAAAAAAGAAUUAUGCACAAAUGUCUAACAAUUAUAGUUGAAUAAACAGGACAGAGAGAAACCUGACCAAAUAAAAAUACUUAUGAAUUAACACUAGAGAAUUCAAGUACUUAAAGCAAUAACACCUUUUCCCUACUAGCAUCCAAACUUGUGGUAGAGACAGGCCAACAUGCAGGCUUGGAUUGGGGACUCAUUAGGAACUCUCCUCCUCUCCAACUGCAGGGACUAUUAGCAAAUUCUCUUUGUCUUCUCACUCUAAAAUAAAGAGGCAGAUGGACUCUGCCCAGCUUGGGAAAAUGGCAGGAAGGGGCUGAAAAUUUGAGUUUCUGACUGGACCCCAAUCCUAGGUAAGGGAACCUGUAAGACUGCUAAGACUUUCCUGAACAUCCUUUUCACCUUUUCAACAUCUGACAAAAAUCAGAAGAUAGGUAGAUACAGUCCAGUUGAAGAAGAAAAGGAGAGGCCAGAGAGAAAUUGGGGGAGUCAGUCCUGCCCUGCCAAGGUAUACUCAGGGUAUGGAAACAGGCUGGCAAAACCUGUAUCCUCUGAUAUCUAGGUACUGAGGCAGCCUUGUAACCUUGCAAAAGGGAAGAUUCAAAAAGUUAAGAAUGGGGAAGGUAUAAGUUUUUAAAAGAAUGAAGUAUUAUAAAAAAUUAGUCAAUAAAAGCUUGAGAGCACAAGCAAAUAAAUCAACUUACAGUAUCCUAAGUUAGAAGGAAGGAUGAAUACUAAAUCUUCAAAAAGAAGUAAACAGAUGUCUAUCAAAAUACAAAAUGUUGUGGACUCCCAUGAAAGCAUGGAACAAGAAGAAGAAACCAGUGCUAUGGAUAGAGUGCUGGGCCUGGAGACAGGAAGACCUGAGUUCAAAUUCAGCCUCAGACACUUAACUAGCAGUAUGACCCUGGGCAAAUCAUUUAACCUCUAUUAACUUCAGUUUUCUCAACUAUGGAAUAGGGAUGAUAAUAGGACCUACUCAAUGAAUCAUGAAGUUAAGAUGAGAUAUCAAUAAAGCACUUAAAAAAUUAGGAGUAAAUGUAGUUCAGACUUUAUAGCUUUAAGUGCAGAAUUUUAAUAUUCAGCAAUUUAUAAAAAGUUGAAUCCAGGAUUAGGAAUCUAAAGAAGAGAAAGAGAUUAACCAGUUUAAAACAAAAUAAAAAACCAGAGUGGAAGAUAAUCAGGCAUAAAAGAAGUAAAAGGCAGCCAUGUAAAAUAUACACUAAUAUAAUUUACCCUUGAAGAAAGGAUGCAUAGGGGUAACUUAGGUAUCAAAGCUCUCCCAAAAAAACGUGACAAAAAUAAAAACACCAAUUUCAAGAAUCAGCUUGUCUUCAGAAAAAAAGACUUGUGCUUGAAACUCCAAGUCACAAUGAUUAAAUUUAAUAACUUCCAUUACUAACAGCAAAUCCUUCAAAUUGAAGAAAUACCUUUAUUUAUAAAGGAAAGAAAAUUUGGAUGACAAGAUUAGUCCAUAGGCACAAGAAAUUGCAGGAGAGAAUGGAAUACCAUAUUCUGAAAAGCAAAGGAAGUCAAGCUCCAAAUGCAAAGCAAUAUACUUUGCAAACCUGAACAAUAGAGGGGCACUUAAGGAGUUUCUGGAGGGAAAAAAGUAAGACAGGCAAGAUAUUCAAUUUGCAAAUGGCCCAAACUAUAGAAGCAAAAGGAAUAUGAUGCUAUGAGAAGCCAAAGAAUAAUUGAGUAAGUCCACAAAAAAUAGAGUACACAACAAAUAUAAGUAAUGCCUCACAAAAAGAAAUGAUGUGGCCAGAACAAUUCAAGACAAAGCAAGACAUUUUAAAAAGUGGAAUUAGAUCUAUUGAAAAAAAAAAAAAAAGGAAGAAACAUCUUAGGAUGCCCACCAUUCUCUACCGUUUUGAGCACAGCUGUUCUCAACUACUGUCUGAUUGCUAUCCCUGCUUUCCUCACCUGUCUCCUGCCCUCUUGAUAUCCAGGAGGAAGAUUCUUACUGAAGGGAAAUGAAUGGUGAAUUCUCAUAGUGGUAAGAGUGUCUUGGAGGGUGGCUGUGGUUGGACCAGUACAGUGCAGCCAUGAGGCAGGGUUGGAGGGGAGGGGGUGAUGGUGUGUUCUGGUAGGCAGAAGAAAGAAUAAUGGUAUCUCCUUUACUUUGCCUUCCAGCCUCAGCAGCUGUCUAGAGCACUAGUGCACGGAAUACCCCCUCCUGCAGUCUUGCCAUGCCAUUUUAUAAGCAAUUUUGUCAGCAUCUGACAAUGUGUAUUCCUCCUUUACAUUGUGACCUUGAGAAAGUUGCCAGAGAUAUUUUCAACUAAGUAUUUGGUUUCUGGUUGGUAAAAUUGGAUGUGAAAACAAAGUCAUGUAAUGGAGUGGAAUUCUCAUCUUCUGUUUCACCUAGUAAAGUUAAGGGGACCAAAGUUAAAGUUAGAGACCAAAUAUAAAUGGUGUUAGCACGGUCUUUCACCAAAAAAAAAAAAAAAAAAAAAAAAGGCAAUACUGAUUAUUUUGGGAACUUAAAUUGCAAUCGAAGAUUAGAUUUGUCAAGCUUUGGAGCUGACAUUUGACAAUACCUUUCCCCAGUUAAGAAAAGUGGUUAAAAUAAAUAAAUAAAUUUACUCACAAAUGGAAAUAUAAACUUUGACUAUAUUAUUGACUUUGAUUUUGCUGGACCUACAGUUCACAUAGUUACAAAGGCCAGCUUGCUGGUUACUAAACGACCUUAGUGCCAAAUCAUAGUCAAUAAGGAAUGACUGCAAUGGGUUAUAAGACUGGAGCCUUCCAGCUGCACACUAUUGUCAUUGAUAGAACAGAAGUUGAAGGUUCAGUUUAUUAGAAAGUACAUGAUGAAUUUGAUAUUUCUGUAAAACUAGCUUGGAUAUCAGGUACCACUUACAUUCAUUUUGAUAUUACCAUGAAUAUCAGUUGUAUUCUAUUGCUUCUAUUUCUGCAAAAGUUUAAUGUGUGUGGGCCACACUCAGACCCUUGGGCCCAGUAUGAAACUUAAACUGCCUCAGUAGAUAGAG